AUGGGGAAGUUAUGCUCGAAAGGUUUCGACAAGGGCACCAGCCAUAGGAAAGCACCACCUCCGGUUUGGUGCCCAUUGAGGUGCACUCUAGACGAGCUCUACAAUGGAGUGGAAAAGACGAUCAAGUUUCCCGGAGGACGCAUGAAGCUCCUCCCUGAUCCUGGCGUGAUAGCACCGAAUGCGGAUCCGGAGACGCUUGUGGUGGAAAUCCCAGCGGGUGCAAAAAACGGCCUGAAAACUGUAUAUCCGCGCAGGGUCAUUCUAGACGACAGAAAGGUCCCCAGGGAUGUGAUCGUUGACGUGAUAGAAGAGCCUCAUGCUGAAUUCCACAGGCAGGGCAACGAUUUGUGGGCUAUAAGGAAAAUUCCGCUGAUGGAAUACGUUACCAAUGAAGCCCUUACAAUCGAAACAUUGGAUAAGCGUCUUCUAACUGUUCCGAAGAUAGAACCUGGGUGUGUUAUAGAGAUUCCCAACGAAGGCAUGCCUUGUUGGCACGGUAUCGGGGAGACAGGCUCCAUAUUUGUCAGCUUUGAAGUUAUCUACCCAAAGAAUCUGAGUUUGACAAGAGAAGAAAAAGAUGAACUCAAAAAGUUGCUGGCUAAGGAGGAGAAUAAUGUGUGA